AUGGUAUGUCAAGAUUUUAACUACAAUGUAAUUCAAGCUAAAAUCACAAUGGGACAACAUGUUGGGAAAGAAGUUUUCUUGCCAAGAAUACCAUUGUCACCAGCAGAAGAUGAAGGAUUACCAUUCAAGUUCAAGCGCAAACAAUUUCCCAUAAGAUUAUGUUUUGCAAUGACAAUUAAUAAAUCCCAAGGGCAAACAAUACCUAACGUAGGUAUUUAUCUACCUGAACCAGUGUUCUCUCAUGGACAACUAUAUGUUGCUUUAUCGCGGGGUACUUCUAUGAUGACAACCAAGGUCUUAAUAACAUCAGAUGGAAAAUUUGCAGAAGAGGAACAAUACACAAAAAAUGUUGUAUACAAGGAAGUUCUCCAGCCAAACGACCACGAGGAAUAA